AUAAGGACAUACUCAAGCCUUGAGGAUCGUUUGGUGAGAAAUCAUACCUGCUGGACGAAAGAAAACGACAAAAUCAGUGAGCGACCUGGAUCACCACCAACGUUAUCGCCACAGUCUGCAAACCCAAGCACAGAGCAGUCCGUUUCCGACACCAACGAGUUUGAACACCUUGUCCUUCAAACCCUGACAGAGAUUCAAUCAGGACAAAAAGAGUUACGUAACUGCAUACGUAGGCUGGAACAGAAUAUCAAUGACUCCAUUGUAUUCCAGAGUAAGCGUAUUGACGGCUUGGAGUUGAAGAUAAAAGAACUUGACCGGAUAACUGCAGUGGUUGCCAAGGCUGAGAAAACCAUGGCCGACCAUGCCGAGCAGCUAAACAAGCUGGAACGCUUCUCUCGGAGAAAUAAUCUUCGGGUUAUCGGCUUCCCACAGCAGAAAGGUGAAGACUGCCUGGCUCUCGCUCACAAUCUCUUCAAGGAGAAAUUCAAGAUGCCUGAUGCAAAGGUGGAACGAGCUCACCGUAAUGACCCAAAGAUGGACGGCAGACCACAGCACCUUCUUAUCAAGCUGAACUGCUAUCAGGACAAAAUCAAGAUCCUCCAGCAACAGCGACAAGUCCAGACAAGUCGAAGACCUGACCAGAGCCGACCUGCAAGAGAAGAGAAAAUGGUCUACACAAGCCUCCGCAGCGUACAAGGAGGGAAGGAAGUACAGGUUCGUAGCCGAGGGAGAUGUCCAACGAGCAGUAUCCAACCAACCUGCGCCCGUGAGACGUCUAAUCUGAAUCACCCUGCGACACGAGACACGAGACAACGAACCUGACAGUAAAGAAUAAAAGAAACAGAGAUCUGAACUGAUAAAAAUCGAUGAGGAGUAUAGUCAAGGUGUGCGAAGCAUUAGAUUGCUGGAGUGGGGAAGUAAGGAGCGUUGAAGAAUAGGACAAUUAUUCGCAAAGAAACCGAGGAGAUGGUUUAUGGUAACUUACUGCACAGCCGGCUGAUUGACCUUCAUAUCAAACAAAAAACUUCAGCAAAGCCAUAGCAAAAACCACCAGUUGCAGGACUAUAUCCGAGACGGACGAAAAUGGAGAACUUCACGGAGGGAUGGAAUCGACUGUAUCAUCCACUGAAUGGAACAUGCGAAGUGAUAGGCAUCUGAGCGUUUGACUUAAUCAAUUCUUACGACGUGGAACUGUUAACAUUGAUUGAUUUUGUUUUUGGAAAGAAGCUGUGGAGUUCAACACAAGUAUUUUUAUGAGCUCCCAGGAUGACUGUCACAUUAUUGACAGUUUGUAUGGUGAAGAAAGCAAUGAGUACUUUUACGGUUUGAAAUUAUGUUGUGUACGCCGUAUUAUAAGAUUACUAGCUAUAGCCAUAUACACCUUCAUAUUCACUCAUAAAAACGAAUCCCAUUACACCAACAAGUAAUUAUAUUUAUUUUCAGAAAUACAGCUUAAUAUUUAAUUAUAAACAAGACCGAACAUAGCUUGCAUUAUUCUUUGACAAAGUAUUAUUUUGUUUUGUGAUUCAUCUCCUUUCACACAAUAUCACAA